UGCCGCAGCGAGUCACUUGAUUACACGUAUGUUAUUUAGUUAAAUUUGAGAAAAUUAUGAGAUGCUCACCAACCCGGUGAUAAACUCGCUCCCUCGCCAUUGGCUGGCCUGGUCACAUGGCUGCCCAACUUUAUUCAGUUGACAGCAGUAGGAGGGCCCUAUGGAAGGAGAAAAAAAGACAACACGAGAAAAAUUAGUAUUUUCUACCUUCUGAAAUUAAUGGCCAUGAGUUCGUAUAUGGUGAACUCCAAGUAUGUGGACCCCAAGUUCCCUCCGUGCGAGGAGUACUUGCAAGGUGGCUACCUAGGCGAGCAGGGGCCCGACUACUACGGCGGUGGCGCGCAGGGCGCCGACUUCCAGCCCCCAGGGCUCUACCCUCGGCGGGACUUCGGCGAGCAGCCCUUCGGAGGCGGCGGCCCCGGGCCGGGCUCGGCGCUGCCAACGCGGGCUCACGGGCCGGAGGCCAGUGGCCCGGGCGGCCACUACGGCACCCCCGGAGAGCCGUGCCCUGCGCCCCCGGCGCCCCCGCCCGCGCCCCUGCCGCCUGCCCGGGCCUGCAGCCAGCCGGGCGGCCCCAAGCAGCCAGCCCCCGGGACAGCCCUCAAGCAGCCAGCGGUGGUCUACCCCUGGAUGAAGAAGGUGCACGUGAAUUCGGUGAACCCCAACUACACCGGCGGGGAGCCCAAGCGGUCCCGGACGGCUUACACGCGGCAGCAAGUCCUAGAACUGGAAAAGGAAUUCCAUUUUAACAGGUAUCUGACGCGGCGCCGUCGGAUUGAAAUCGCGCACACCCUGUGUCUGUCAGAGCGCCAGAUCAAGAUCUGGUUCCAGAACCGGAGAAUGAAGUGGAAAAAGGACCACAAGCUGCCCAACACCAAAGGCAGGUCUUCCUCGUCCUCCUCCUGCUCCUCUUCCGCCGCCUCGGGCCAGCCUUUGCAGCCGCUGGCCAAAGACCAUCAUACAGACCUGACGACCCUAUAGGAGUGGGGACCUUGGGCCCAUCCCUCCCUGUGCUCCCGGCGAGCCGAAGCUACUAGGGCAGCUAGGCCUGCUGUCACCUCGCUGGGCUCUAAGGUACUGUGGGGGUGGACCUGGGACCAGCAGGCCGCCCUGCCCUCGGACUAGGUUCGCCUCCUGACCGAGGGCAGCUCCCUCCCUGGAGUGGGGAAAGGGGCUGGGAGGGGAGUGGGAUUCUCUUUAAGUUUAUUAUUAUAUGGCAGGAGCUACUGAGGACAGAAAACCUUGGCGAGUCAUUAAACUCCUGAAAAUCUCAGCUGUUGGAUUUUGAAUUUGCAGAUGAAGGUUGGAUGCUUUAUCCCAGUGUGUAUUUUGGCCAUUCUCUCCGCUCUGCUCUGCCGCUCCAGGGUGCUUUGUGGUGUAAUCAUUGGGGGAUGGUGGGCCGGCCGGUGGGGAAGGACGUUAAGGCAAAAGGAUGGCUGCCUCUGUGCCGGACUCUUUCCAUGGAAGUCGCAGAACUGGGGCAGGAUGUCUGAAUGUCCCUGGUAGUCUGCAUAGUCCCAGUGUGACUUAAAAAAAAGAUAAAAACCCAAACAUUUUGCUUCCAGUUACCCCCUGUCCCAAGAGAUAGAGGAAGAAGAGGGUAGAAGCAGAUUGUUGUGUUUGGAUUGCACUGACUUCAAUAUUUAUUUGUUGAGAGAUGGGGUGCGGAAAUAAAUGACACCUUCAUGCCAAAAAUUUGAAGAGGGUGAAACAGGCUGUGUCUCAGGGAGCAGAGUCCACCUGAGUGCACUUCCUUCUGAACUCCUCCCCCUCCUCCCGGCCCAGAAAGGCGUGUAGGGGGCCCUUAACCUUUUUGUAGAGAAGCAGAGGAUCCACUUAAAGUUGAUUUCUCGAAAAUAUAUUUCCAUGUGUGCUUUUUUGCCCACACCCAGCUCUGUGCUUACAACCAGUUCUGAGUGAUUAAGGGGGGGUGGGGGUGGCGAUGGGACAAAUGGCCCAUCAGUUUCCUUCUGGGAUAGGAAAACAAAACUUCUAUGCUCUGGGUCCUUAGCUCAUGACUGGAUUUUCUGUUCCAACUGGAUUCCAAAUGCCCCACAUAACUGCCUUUUAUAGGAAUUGGUGUAUGACCUAUGUGAGGAGGGGCUAUGCACCAGAGAGAAAGUAGGGAGGUGGAAUGCCUUGCUUUAAAUAAGAAAGGGGAAAAUGAGUCUAGAAGUCAACAAAAGUUGGUCUUGGGCCUUUUCUCCCUCUGAAGUUUUCCUUUUUUCUUUUAAACAAAUCAAUCCCCCCACCCCACCCAAACUAUUAAUUAGAAACAGCAAUUGGAAAAAGCUUAAAAGUUUUCAGGUCCUCUUCCUGGCUUUUAAGAAGAGUGGUUUAAAAACAACCACUCUCCAAAUUACUUUCCCAACCAUAUUUCUGACGCCUUGCCUGAGAAGGGUUCAGAACUCAGUGUUUGAAAAUGCUGACCCUUCUGGAUAAGGAGAAAAGAGCUCAUCUACUCAAAUGAAAUCAGGCUUUGAAAGUUGAAACCCCAAAGCCUUGGGCUUCAAAAAAGAGACCCCUGGUUAUAGCUGCUACAAAGUGACAGGCCAGAGAAGACAAGAGCUGAGCUUGAAAAAGAGCUACAGACUGGAGUCUUUUAUUGUUUUAUCAAUGCUUCAGAACAUUUUGGGAGGUUUUGGUGAUACUUUCAAAAUAUAUCUAAAGAAUGGGGGCAGGGAGCUCUCCCUGCAGGCCUGUUCCUUGGUUUGGGGUCUCCUGAGAGCUGUGAGCAGGUAUUCACUGGCGUCCCUAAGCUGGAAUUCUCGGCGUCUCUAAAGUGUCUUCCAAGCCCAGUCUUUUGUAUUAGACCCUGGGGACAGCUCUUUGUUUCUCCUUGGGGUGAGCCUGGCUCUCAGACUUGCACAUGGCAAUCCUUGAAUAUCGCCACGUCGGGAUAUUAAAGAUGGAUAUUCCUGCAUUAUUCCCAUCAUUGUUUCUAUGACAAAAAGCACAGAGUUCAUACAUAGUCAAGACGUCUUUUUUCUGACGCCCUCACGUUGAGAAGCUGAAAAGGUAUUUUACUGAAGUUCGGCUAAAUUACAGAAUCAGGUUCACCCAGAGGACAAAUUUUCUAUUCGAUUAGCUGUAUUUCAGCCGGGAGGACUGACCUCUAAACCCUUAACCUUUUGGACUCUGACUACCCUUCUCUUCUUUUUCCCCCUCUCACUGGAGAGAGCUGUCUUUGGAGGUACCAUUUGAAAGGAGCUGCUCUCCAUAGGCAAGUUGCAGAGUUGCUAAGAUCCUCUCUUCCUAAAACACUCAUCUGUGAAUACAUUGAAGCAUCUCCUAGAAGGGGAGGGGACAGUCUUUAUUUUCACAACAUCCAACUGCAUGUCUAUAAUAGAGAUGAUUGUAUAGAUUCCUCCUCUCCCCAUAAAUUCCGGUUACUCAUCCCAGCUUCAGUCCAAAUACCAUAACUGCUGAACUACCUUCCCUCCUGCCCCAAAGGAAAGCCAACAGGCCUGUUUUCAUGAGGAAGAAGGAAAAAAAAAAAGCCAAGCUUCUCAAACAUAGCCCCUCUACUUUUGGAAAGGAACUUCAUCCCAGAAACAGCUUCUUUGUUUUUAAGUCCCAGCUCCCCUCCUCAGCUUUCAAGGAUCUUCUUUUGAAAUGUUAAUGGAGCAUGGAGGGCAGCCCCAAUCUUGAGGUCCCACUAGGACCCCAGCAACCAUCCAUUUGGGCCCAGAGGCUUGAGGCAGGGGAGGGGCAAGGUGCCCACCCUCACCCCCACCCCCACCAGGUCUGGAAGGAACUGAGUUUCCAUCUGGGAGCUCACUGCUCUGGAGAAAGCUAGAUGUGGAGAGGAAAGGUUUCACUGCCCAUUUGCUAUGAUUUGUUUCCAGUUUGUUCUCCCAAAUAUGAGCCAGAAGUGUUUUGUUUUGUUGUGUUUAUUUUCAUUUUUAAAGUUUAUCUUGGGGAGGGGAUUGGCUGGGGGAGGUAGUGAGGGAGUGAAGUGCUUGCCCCUCAGACCCCCACCCCACUUUGUCCAUUGCAGCCUUUUGUUGUGAGAUGACAUUGCAGUCAGCCUCAUGGUGUCUGUUCACAGAGGUACUUUUUCUAAUAAAAUUGACUAAUGUUUUGCUGCCACUGAUUAAAGUAUUAUUUAUACUGA